AUAUGGUCUUAUCGAUAAGACAUCGUCAUAGCCUUGAAUCUUCGGCUCCGACGAACUUUGAGCUUACCAAUGCGUUCGCGCCGAGGAAUUUCACACAUGGCAACAUCCUUCUCUUAGACACUCGCUGAAGAAAUCCGGGGACGAUAUGGCUCCUGAGGAUAAAGACCAGCAAGGUGACGCCAAGGCAACGACCUCGACUGCUGGGGGUUCAGCUGGCGCACCAUACACCAGGCUACCGAAUGGCAUCAUCGUAGACAAGGACGGCAAGCCCUGUCGCUCCUGCAAUUCGAAAUCGGCGUUCUCCGCCUUCGCCGCGCAAGCCACCAAGCAGUCGAAGAGACCCAAAGUCGAGUGCCCACCAGACGUCGAAACCCUGGGCCGCUGCUCGUGGACUCUUCUACACUCCAUCGCCGCUACAUAUCCUGAGAAACCGACGACGUCGCAGCAGUCGGACGUCGUGUCGUUCGUCAAGCUCUUCUCGAAACUGUAUCCGUGCUGGGUAUGCGCGGAAGAUUUCCAAGGGUACAUUGCCAAGAGCGCGCCCAAGGCGGGGAGUAGAAGUGAAUUGGGAGACUGGAUGUGCAAGGCACACAACGAUGUCAAUGUCAAGCUGGGAAAGCCGACGUUUGACUGCAGCAAAUGGGAGGAGCGUUGGGUGACGGGCCCCAAAGAUGGGAGCUGUGACUGACGUGGUGCCAACGUGGUCGCUAAGCUCAGGUACCACGAACCUGCUCAGCUUUGCUAUUCCAUUAGACGGUCGGAUGCUGUACGUUGACCUAUUAGACGGCUACUUUGGGGCGGCACAGAUGACUGGACCAUGUGUAUGAAAGCGUUUGU